AAUCAAUCAUUAUCCCAACUAUUCCUCAUCAACCCCUCCGAACCGAACCCCCCUUUCAACUUAUACUAAAAAAAACACAAAGAAAAGAAGUCAAAAUGUCCAAACAACCCCUCAAACUCCUCAUGCUACACGGCUACACCCAAUCCGGCCCCCUCUUCCACGCCAAAAGCCGCGCCCUAAUCAAACACCUCACCAAAGCCUUCCCUCUCCACGACGUAACAGCAACCUACCCCACAGGCCCCCUACGCCUCAAUCCCGCGGACAUUCCGGGCUACGAACCCUCCCAAGAAACCCCCGCCGAGCCCCUCGAAGCCUACGGCUGGUUCCGGCGCUCCAACACCGCCUCGCCGCCCGAAUACCUCGGUCUCGAGGACGGACUGGCCGCCGUCGCAAAAGUAAUGUCCGAGGAAGGGCCCUUUGACGGCGUGAUCGGGUUCUCGCAGGGCGCGGCCAUGGCCGCUAUGGUGGUUUCGUUGCUCGAGCCGGGCCGGAAGGAGGCGUUUGCAAGGUUUUUGGAUGCGAAUGUUGCGUCGGAGGGGAAGGGUGAGGCGGAUGCUGUUGUGUCGGGGGUGCCGUUUCCGAAGGCGUUUGAGGGGUUGAAUCAUCCACCUUUUAAGUUUGCGCUUUGUUAUAGUGGGUUUCGGUCGCCCGGGGCGCGGUAUCGGGGGUUCUAUGAGAGUCCGGCGUUGCAGACGCCAAUUUUGCAUGUUUUGGGGUCGUUGGAUGCUGUGGUUGAGGAGUCGAGGAGUAGAGCGUUGGUUGAGGCUUGUGCGGGGGAUCCGGAGAAGGAGGGUAAGGUUGUUUGGCAUCCUGGUGGACAUUUCUUGCCUAGUCAGAGGCCGUAUCUGGAUGCUGCGGUGCGGUUUAUUAGGGAGCAGUUGGAGGGUGGUAACAAGAAGGAUGCUGAGGAGGAGGAUGUGAAUGAUAUGGACUUGCCCUUUUAGAUUAUAUAUCUAGAUUUAGAAUAUUUUUACUUUGUCUUUCUCUAUAGACAUCAUGGAGACUAUCUGAUGAUAUACGACUAGCUUGGGGAAAUGGCAAUAGCCGGCGCAGCAUCCUGUAU